AUGGCUCUUGGUUGCUCCAUGAAACACGCUAGAAGCUACCUUAAGCCUCUGUUGCCCAUCCUUGUCAAGCAUCUAGAGGAUGGCAAUAAGGUAUGGUUUGGAAAGUUGGGUGCCAUUUUGCCCAAAGGAUGGCACAAGUCCAAACGUUCGAAUGACCGCAAUGACAAGCCCCACAUCAACCUGACACAUUGCUGCUUGGUCUCAAGCAUCCUGGAAAGGCAUCUUACUCCGUGGCUGCCGCUCACACUCGCGUGCCUGCUGGUGCUUCGGCAGAACGGCUCAUGCCUCUCGCACGACUUCCAUGGCUUCAUCCGAUUUUCCAUGACUGACGUCGAGGAUCAUCUAUAUGCUUCUUCCUUUCUAAUUGGAAACGUUUUCACUUUUUCGCAUGUGUUCCCUUGUUACGUCGUCGUUUCCAUUCUUGAGGUUCUUUGUCUUCCACCCCGGGCCGGCCAGGCCACCACGACCGCCACGUUUGGCGACUCCCGUGAAGGCUUCUUUUUUUUCGACUGA